AAAUAUAAUUUUUACGAUAGAAAUUUAGGAGUGCGUUAAUUAACUUAAAUAUCAUCUGAAUUUAUCGAAGACGUUCGGUUUCGUCACACCAGGGGAUGCGUCGCUCCGCCAUGUUAGUGGACCGCCGGCUCCGUCCGGAAUAAAAUUUAUAAUUAUAAAUUAUGGAUAAAGGGAAAUAAGAUGGAUUUCGAGGAAUACGAAUAUUUACCGACGUCCUCGACGGCCGUCCACAUGUUGGCCGGAGCGGGAGCUGGCAUUAUGGAGCAUUGUGUCAUGUAUCCUUUAGAUGCAGUCAAGACACGAAUGCAGAGCCUGAAACCGAAUCCUCAUGCCGUUUAUAAAAAUGUUCCGGAAGCCUUAUAUAAAAUGGUUCGAUUUGAAGGUAUAUUACGUCCAAUCCGUGGAAUGAAUGUUGUAAUUGUGGGUGCAGGACCAGCACAUGCUCUUUAUUUUUCUUGUUAUGAAAAGAUGAAAUAUGUUUUUAAUAAAAAUGAAAGAAAUUCUCAUAGUCAUCUUGCUCAUGGUGCUGCUGGAUGUUUUGCAACUCUUCUUCAUGAUGCAGUAAUGAACCCAGUGGAAAUGGUGAAACAACGAAUGCAGAUGUAUAACAGCCCAUACAAAUCGUGUCUCGACUGUGUUCACAGAGUUUGGAAAGUGGAAGGAGCCAAAGCGUUCUACAGAAGUUAUACCACUCAACUGACGAUGAAUGUACCUUUCCAAAGCAUUCAUUUUAUGGCGUAUGAAUUCAUGCAAGACACAACAAAUCGCGAAAGGACGUACAAUCCUAAAGCACACGUAGUCUCUGGUGCUGUAGCAGGUGCAUUUGCAGCGGCCGUGACCACACCUUUAGACGUCUGUAAGACACUUCUAAACACCCAAGACGGAAGGACAUUUAUUGUUUCAAAGCAAUCACAUAUCAAUGGGUUGAUGGAGGCAGCCGUAACCGUGUACAGAAUAAGCGGACCGACGGGGUAUUUUAGAGGUCUACAAGCCCGCAUAAUAUACCAGAUGCCAUCUACGGCAAUCGCUUGGUCCGUUUACGAGUUUUUCAAAUACGUACUACAAAAAAAACAGAGACAUUGGCACACCUCGGAAUUGCAUCAUUCAGUUUAAUUUUAUCAAAAUUACAUGAUAGUAAUCAAAAAAUUACUACAAAAUUAAAAUGUGUGUAUCUAAAACAAUUAUCGCUAUCAUAUAUUUGUCACUAAAAAUUUGUCAGUAGAAAAUUUCUAUUGAUAUAAACUUUGAUUUGGAAAAGUUAUAUUCUUCAUUACAGUUAGAAAUAAACUGUGUUUUGGGUAUUUACUACAAGAAAACAAUUCAAUAAUGAUUCUUGCCAAUUUUUAAAAUUUUAUUUAAUUAUUUGCCAAUUUAAUGUGUCAAUAUCAUCAAUAAUACUUAUCGAAGUGACUCUUAAUAGAAAUCGUCAUAAAAUACAUAAUGUGGUGGAAA